AGAAAACGCCGAAAUAUGCUGAUAUUAGCAGCGGAGUUUCAAAUAAACAAAAUCAAUCAUUAAACCCCUAAGUAUUUUUGCACCGGAUUGUAAUGCAUAGUUUAUUUGAUUGAAUAACGCUUCGUAAAUGGUUUUUUAGCGUAAAAACAAAAAUGGUUCUAUUAAUAUUUUACAGUUGAACGAUAAUAAAGAUUUAAAAUAUUUAGAAAUUUGGCGCGUAAAAAGAAAAUUAAUUCUUGAUUAGGCAAAUGGAUGACGUUAUUGCUUUAAUAGACAUGGAUUGCUUCUACGUACAAGUAGAAAGAAAGUUCAAUCCUGAAUUUGAAAACAAGCCAUGUAUUGUGGUUCAGUAUAGACUAUAUAGAGGAGGAGGAGUGUUAGCCGUUAGUUACGAAGCGAGAAAAUUUGGCAUAAAGAGGGGUAUGAUGGCUGACGAAGCGUGCGAAUUGUGUCCUGAAUUAUGUAUAGCCAGAGUUCAAGAGACCAAUGGAAAAGCUAACAUUCAAAGAUAUAGAGACGCUGGAGCCGACGUAAUUAAAUCUAUAACAAAGCUGACACCUAAUGUGGAGAAGGCUAGUGUUGAUGAAGCAUAUAUAAAUUUAACAUCCUUAGUUAAUGAAAGAUUAAAGAAUUACGGAACUAUUGAUGAAAGUCUUUUAGAAAAUACCUUUGUGGAGGGAUUGAACAAUCCAGAAGCGGACAAGAACCUCUCAGAGUCGGUUCCUGAGGAUUCUGGGGUGAAAGCUUUUAUAAAAGUGUGCAACAACACAUGUAUUAAUAAUUUAAAGUUAUUACUAGGAGCGAAGAUAGUGGAAGAAAUAAGACAGGAAAUCUUUAAGGACACUGGCUUCCGUUGUUCUGCUGGAAUUUCUCAUAAUAAAACAUUAGCUAAACUGGCUUGCGGACUGCAUAAACCAAAUAAACAGACAAUACUUCCAAAAUCUUCUGUUCAAUCACUUUUCAACGUGAUACAUAUAAAACAAAUAAGAAAUUUAGGUGGCAAACUUGGUGACCAAAUUUGCUCUGAUCUUAAAAUUUCUACAAUGGGGGAAUUGUGUAACAUUUCAUUAAAAAAACUGCAGCAUUUAUAUAAUGAUAAAACAGGACAGUGGAUAUACGAUUUGUGCAGAGGAAGAGACAUUGAGCCUGUUGCUGAGCGACAACUUUCAAAAUCAAUCGCUUGUAGUCGAAAUUUUCGAGGGCCAGAAGCUUUAAAGAGUGCAUCUUCGAUAAAGAAUUGGUUAAGCAAUUUUGCUGAGGAGCUACUCGAACGGUUAAAUAAAGAUUUAAAUGAGAAUAAACGCAAGGCAAAGCAGAUGGUUGUCUGCGCCAAAAUGCAGAUAAAGUUGGAAAAUGUUAGUCGAUCCUGGCCCUUAACGAAAUACUGUAAAGAAGCCAUUGUCAGUCGGUCUUUCAAUUUAUUACUAAAGUUUAAUCAGUCUUCCCAGACUUCAGAUCGUUGGUUUCCACCUCUCGUAUUACUUGGCUUAAGCGCCACGAAAUUUGAGGAUGUCAAUAUUACGUCAUCAAUUUCUACUUUUCUCGUUCCGCAGGAAUUCCAAUCAAAUAGAUUUGAUUAUGAUACAACUCCAAAGACGACGAUAAAAGAAGCAUCAAAGGAAAGAAAGUGUACAAGCGAUAUUAAAGACUUUUUUGAAAAGAAAAGUUGCAAGGAACCACCCAUUUCAAUGAUCACUUCGUCAAAUAGUCACAAAAAGAGACGAAUUGGACCACUAGAGAAACUGUGGAAGAAUAAGCAGCUUUCUAAUAAUGAACGUUUACCCUUGACAGGCAAUCAAUUAGUAAGAACGGAUUAUGAUAGUAAUACUGAAGGGAAAUCGUUCUCAUUGGACAGCUGUAAGAGUUCUCGGAACAAUGGUAAAGAUAACCGUUGUCAAUCUGAUACGGAUGAUGAUGAAAAUGAAAUAGAGAUAAUAGACAUUCUCAUUGGAGGGGAAAAAUCCGAAAUGAAAAAAAAACAAUUUGAAUGGAAAUUACCAUUGAGUUCCGCUAAUAUUUCACUUGAAGAAGUUGAUAAUUGCAAUAAAGUAUCAGUUUCGAAAGAUGCCCGAAGGGAUUCGCAAGUUGAGCAUAAAAAAGGAACUAAAUCGAUCAGAGAAUUCUUUAGUAAGAAUUAGGCAAAGUUACGUCGUUUUCAUCUUCUUUUUUAUGUAAUACAUUCGCCUUGACAUUUC